ACUUGAUUAAUUUCAGUUCUACAGGUAUAUUCUGGAGGCUUGAGUGUGCCCUUGACAGGGUCAGAUGGCAGAGUCUUGGGUGGCGGAGUUGCAGGAAUGCUUAUGGCUGUUACACCUGCACAGCUUCAUUGCAAAUGGGAAAGAGCAAAAGGAUCAACUGCUGCAGCAGCCCCAAGCAUGUUGAGUUUUGGUAAUCCAGUUAUAGGAGGCAGUCCUCCCUCCCAGGGUGCAUCCAGUGAUUCAUCAGAUGAUAAUGGUAGUCCACUUAAUCGUAGCUCAGGGCCUUACAAUCAAACAUUUGCUGGCCAAACUCCACUGUCAAGAUGCCUCCAAAUGGACAUCAUAUUUCUUGGGUUCUUGACUUGUAUAGUUGAUGCGCCAAGGAUAGAGGUUGACUAAAAUGCUAAUAGGCAGAUUAUAGGGCUUUCUGUUUUCUUUUACGAGGGCAAUCAUAUUGGUGUUGUGUUAUGACAAUGUAUAUUUCUUUUGAA